AUGGAAAAUGGGGACGAUUGGUUAGCCUACGACAAGCUCCAACACUUCCUUCUCUGCUUCUCCAUCACCUUCAUUUCCUCCUCCCUCGCAUCCCGGACACCAUACCCUCUCCUACGUCGCCGGAGCAUUUCACUAGGUUGCAUCCUAUCACUCCUCGUUGGCGCCGCCAAAGAGGUCGCUGACGAGCUCGGUUUCUUCAAAUCAGCCGGCGCCUCCGCCAAAGACGCCGUCGCCGACAUCGUUGGCGUUAUUGUUGCAGCUCUCGUUCUUUCUCUUUGUAACGUCUUUUGCUUCCGCCGCGAUAGAUCCGUGACACAAGGGCAAACACGAGGAACCGAAAUGGUUUGA